AUCACAACAAAGACGACGAGUGCGAAAAUAAAGUGAAAAUUCUCAUGCAAUUUAGCCGCCGUUCCCGUGUAAAUACAUUUAUUGCUGUAAAUAAGCACACACGCUGCACAAAAACAUGGAUUUGGGCGAUCCGGAAGACCGGGUUUUCGCGGCAGAGCGCAUCAUCAAGAAACGCAUGAAGGGCCGCAAGACGGAAUUUCUCGUAAAAUGGAAAGGAUGGAGUCAGAGGCACAACACCUGGGAGCCGGAAGAAAAUAUUCUCGAUCAGAGGCUCAUCGACAGCUUCGAACGGCAACAACGAAAGUCGGGUAAAAAGUUUGAACUUGUUCAAAAGAAGAAAAAGGCAUUAAGCACGCUGCUAAAGCGCCCCUUGAAGGACACAAAGAAGCAGGAAGAGAGCGAAAGUGAGGAAGACGAGAAACCAAGCUCAAGUUCACAAAUAAAAAUCAAACAGGAAUUGGACAAAGACGAGUCGUCAGACAGCAGCGACGAUGAAGUGCUUUGCAAGAAAGAAGUUCCCGCAGCUCCACAGCCCGAAGCAAAGAGAAAGGCCGAGGUUCUGUCAAAGGAAUCCGGAAAAAUUGGAAUAACAAUAAAAACUUCACCGCCAUCGGCGACACCAACGUCAGUGGUGUUCGCAAAGGAAGAAAAACUCAAAAAAGAGCAAACUGGAACGACGGAUUCGAGUUCGGCACCUGAGAAAAAAUCCGAAGAUUCGUCAGAUGCGAAAAAAAUAAAACUUCAUUCACCUUCGGACAACAACAAAUCGUCACUGGCAACGGAAAAAGCUUCAAAUAAGCCAUCCGUAACGCCGAUCGUGACCCCAACGACACCCGUUGUUCCUCCCCUCGCGAUAAAAACGACAAAAGAUGAACCCAAAACGAGCACAAUGCCACCACAAAGUACAACAAAGGAAGAAAAAGACACAAAACCGCCUUUCCUCCCGCAAAAUCAUCAGCAGCAAACUCAGACAAAGCAAGAUUCUCACACCGCAACCGCACCACAACCGCUUCCCGAGCCACAAACGCCGGCAAAGCAGCAACAACAGCACCAACCAACAGUACCGCCGCCACCUGUUGUGACGCCAGCUGCACCAACGUCGCCUUAUCACGAGUUUGCCGCACCGCGAUUGUGGCUGCCAAAGUUCCAACUAACGGACCAGAUAUUCAUCACAGACGUGACAGUCAACUCGGAAACGGCCACCAUACGAGAGUGUAAGACGGAGAAGGGAUUCUUCAAGGAACGCACAGCCAUCAACUCGAAUCAAGAAAGUAUUCCGGUGACACAACCGUAAAUGGCUGGAUCAUUCUAAUUUAACAGUAAUUUAAUGCUAAACAUUAUUUUGAAGUAAUAAUAAGCUCUUUUUCUAUAGAUUAGUACGUAAUCGUAAGACUAAAUAGUAUUUAUAGAAUAGCCUGAGUAAGCAAGUACGCAUAAAGUACCUAAUAAAUUAUUAUAAGCGUA